CCCAGCGUACAGCUGCAGACGGCGUGUGUGUGUGUUUAAACCAGCAAUGUCCAACACCCACAGUAUGAUCAGUGCACUGAACUAGCUGACACACACACACACACACACAUAUACAGAACACGUUCACACUCAUUACAGACAGCUUAAUUAAUACACAAUGGAGAAUCUGAACAGAUUGACAGCUCCGGCUGCUGUUAAACUCCGGCAGCUCCAGAAAAUCGUUCAAGACAUCAAAAAGAACGACGACAGCCUGUUCAACAGACUAAAAAGGUUUCAGACUGAACAAGCGGCUAAUAUUCUGAAAACUGGCAGAACUACACUGGACCGACUGAAGAAGAAAGAGCCGCCCAAAGUUCCUGCUAGAGACUAUCAAGAUGAAGCUCCGGAUGCUGACAGAUACUCUGACUCAGACUUUGACAGCGACACAUAUGAGGACCCGCAGGGCGAUCAUGAUGACAGCUAUGAGCCUCCGCCCAGAUCUGAAGCCCACAAUAUGAAGCCCUUUACUGUGAGUCCAUCCAUCACAAACCCCAGAGGAGAAUAUGUGGACAGCUGUCGUGGUCGAGCAGCAAAACCCAACCAACCUUUCCAUCCCCAACACAGACACACGAGCCAGCAAAUGACCCAGCACAGGCUAGCAGCAGAGGAGGACGAGGACGACUACAUCGAGCCAGAAGACCAAGUGGAGGACGAUAAUUACAUCGACCCCACGGGGAAAACACUAACAAAGCCGCCGGUGAACAGAGGAGUCAAACCAUGCGCUUCUGCACAUGCAAAUAGUCCCUUUUUCUAUGAGAUUCCCGACAUGAAGGAGCAUUCUGAAUCUAAGAAAAGGAGUCACACAACUCUGCAACCCAACACACAGAUGGCGCCUCCUAAAGCCAGUCCACGACAGCAGACCAGAAGACCAACAAUAACUCCAAAACCCGAAUCAGAGGACGAGUAUGAAGUGUGUGACGCAGAUGAAAGUGUAAAUGAAAACCCAGAGGAAAACACAGAGACCAGAAGACCAUCAAUACCAACACCUCGACCUCGAGAUCUGAAGAAACCAAACCUUGCUUCGAUAUCGAAACCAAGCAUUCCUCGCAAAAACAGUGACGAUUCUUCAAAUAAAAUAGCACCAGUUAUCACAGCACGAAGUCCACCGAGAACCACAUCAGCCCCAUCACCAACAGGAUUCCAUCGAGCCAAGAUGCCUCUGCCCCGACAGCUGCCUUCCCAGAGCAGAGGGACGCUGCCUUCAGAAAGCAGAUCAGCGAAAGAUCCUGAAGAGGAAGCUGGUGUGUAUAAAAAGGUUUGGUACGCCAGCGGCUGUGACCGCAAAACAGCAGAGGACGCUCUCAUACGCUCCGCUAAGGAUGGCUCUUUUCUGCUGAGGAAGAGCUCUGGUGUAGAUGCGCAGCAGCCGUACACACUGGUGGUGUUUUACAACAGUCGAGUGUACAACAUCCCUGUCCGAUACAUCGCUUCCACCAAACAAUACGCUCUGGGGAAAGAAAAACAAGGAGAGGAGCGUUUCAGCAGCGUGUGUGACAUUAUUGAGAACCAUCAGAAGAAUUCUCUGGUCCUGGUGGAUUCCCUGAGCAACACCAAAGACUCCACCAAACUCAGACACGCUGUGAAGCCUUGACACGAGGACACUUUCUGACCAAUAUAACGGAGCAAGUUUCACAUCUUACCUUAAUAGACGGCAGAGGAACAUCUGAAACGUGCUGCUACCGAUACUGCUGAAAACGGGCUGUUCUUAUGGUCGAAAUCAGAAGCUGGUGGAGUAAAAUGGAUAGGUAUUUGUAUGCUGAGGGCAGAAACAGCAGCACCUGCAGCGCAACCGUGAAAAAUGUCCGUGUUGCGCAAUAUUAAAUAUAUAUAUGAUAGACAAUAUUAAAAGAAAACGCUUAACGUGGCUUAAUGCAUUAAGAAAGAAAUAUGUAAAGACAUAAUUACAUAUCUGUGUUGGUAAAAAUAUUGUUUAUCUAUGUAAACGAACCCAGAAUAUGAGCACAAUAUACAAAUUGCAUGCUAAACAGGUGUUGUAGGCCACGUCUCCUCCCAUAAAAAAACAUUCAUUCAUUAUAAAUCUUCCAUCGGUUUAGUCCCUUAUUUCC